UCCGGGGCGCGUUCGCGAUCGCGUGUGCCACGUGAAAAGGACUGGCUUAAUUCUAGGUAAAAAAAAAAAAAAAAAAAAAAAGAGUUGCGUAUUUCGUGCUUUGAGCACACAGAAGACACCGCAAAUCCCAGGAUUACUUUUCACAUGAUAUCUGUCAUAGGAUAGCAGUACGAGGGCGGUGUGUAAAGGGGGCAUUUGUUUAUUUGAUUUUGUUUUUAAAUACAUAGUUUAAUAAAAGUUGCAUUUUUGGAUAAAUUUAAGCAUGCGUCUGCAGAGUGUAUUUCGUGCGGUGAUCAUGGGGCCCCCGGGCUCAGGGAAGGGGACCGUGUCCAGUCGGAUAGCGCAGAGUUUCGGGCUCAAGCAUCUUUCCAGUGGGGACUUGCUGCGGGCUAAUAUCGAGGCGAAGACAGAUUUGGGCCUGUUGAUGAAGUCGUGUAUUGAUCAGGGUCAGCUGGUUCCUGAUGAUGUCAUCUCUCGUCUCAUCCUGUCCAGCCUGCGGAGUAUGGGGCCGAGCAGUUGGCUUCUAGAUGGGUUCCCCCGUACUGUGGCUCAGGCUGAGGCGCUGGACAGCACAUGUAAUGUGGACACUGUUAUCAACCUGGACGUGCCUUUCCAGACCAUCAGAGAGCGUCUGACGUCACGCUGGGUCCAUCUUCCCAGCGGCAGGGUCUAUAAUAUAGACUUCAACCCACCAAAGAAGCCAGGUCUUGAUGAUGUCACUGGAGAACCGUUGGUUCAGAGAGAUGAUGACACUCCUGAAACUGUCACCAGGAGACUAAAGGACUAUGAGAGACAGACACAACCAGUUCUAGAGUAUUAUAGGAGUAAAGGAGUGUUGGAGACAUUCACAGGAACUGAAACAAACAAGAUAUGGCCUCAUGUUCAUGCCUUCCUGACCAGGAAAAUCCCAGGAAACCAGCAGGCAAUGGGAAAAGCAUGAUUACAACAUUUUGGACAGCAGACGUUUACAAUUGUUAAAUACACUGUGGGGUCUCAGCACAAUGCACCUCGAUGGCCUUAACCAUUCUACUGUAUUUGGAGUCGAAACACUCAUAUGUUGAAGCCUUUGGUGUUGCAAUCUGGUUUUAUGCCUCUUUGAGAAAGCACGUUUGUGCCAAACUAAAUGAGGAUGCCAUACAGCACAAGGUUUAUAAACUAGUGCUCUGCUCGAGCACUGCCACUUUAAGCAAACAAACUUGCUUAGGGUAUUACAAAGGUAGUCAUGUUUAGAUUAACAAUUCACUCCAAAAUUAAUUUCCAACUUUCUGUCAGUAUAAGUAAACAAACCCGUAGGGUAAACAGUAAGUGGCUGCAAAUGUGGACGCAAAAGUUCCAAAACAGUCCUGUUUAUUAGCCAUAUUUGCAUUUAUUAUUAAGAUCUUACUAUAGAAGAAAAAUAUUAAUUAAGAAAUGUCUUAAUCUUUUAGGAAUGAAAGCAAUUUUGAAAUUUAAAUUAGUUUUUUAGUGUAUUUCUAAGUUAAUGCGAAUCACUGAAGUCUUAACAAGCACAAAGCAGUCUAAUCAUGUCCUGUAAUUUUUCUGUCAUUAUAAUGUAGAUCUAGAGCCUAAUACUUGUAUAUAUGAGAUUUCUUAUUUUGCCCAUGAAACAAUUUUGCACAGACCGCUAGGUGAUUGUAUGAAUUAAUAGUUUUAGAGGGACUAUUUUUUUUUUAUCAUAAUUUACAAACAAUGUAUUUUUUUUAAAUUAAGAGAUAUUUGUAGAAUAAAAUCAAAAGACUAAAAGGACAAAUAAUAAUGUUUUGUCUUUGUAAUUGUGAUGUUUUUUUAUAAGCCUUUCUUUUUGCAAUAUUUUUUUUUUUUUUAUCGCAAUAAUUUGUUUAUGCAUUUAAAUACAGGGGAAAGUGCUGUGUUUUUCACUGCUAGCUAUUGUGUGAAUGCAAGUGUAUUUAAAAACCUGUGUAAAACUCUAUGGCACAAUUUUUGAUCACUGUAAAAAUUGUAGUGACUGAGAGCACAGUUUUAGAAAAAUGGAUGUACCAAGACAAGGUAAUGAAGACACAACUGCAAUAAAGACAGUGGUUGUUUAAGAUAUAUAUAUAUAUAUAUAUAUAUAUAUAUAUAUAUACUGUAUAUCUGUAGAAUUUAUAUACUGUAUGUAUAAUAGUUUAAAUCUCAUGUCACUCUGUCAGGAUUAUCUAAAAAUCUUGCACUGUGUUAUGUUGUGUUUGGGCUCAUUUUAAUCGGAAUCAUCAGAGUAUUUUCCAUACUCUGUUUAUGUUUCAUCGUAAUAAGCGAAAACGCACCAGUGAUUUUAAAAUCUUUGUUAAACCAAUUAUCUAUUUUCUCAAUUGCUAUCUUGCACUCUUGCGACACCUUUGUUUAUAUUAACUUAGAUUGUUAAGGUUUAUGACCGCUGCCUUGUGUUCUCAUUGAGUGGACGUGCUGACAAAUGCAUGUACAGUACAUUUCCCCUCAUAUUUUCAUUGUACAAUCCACUAGCCCCAUUCUGUCAGAAAAAUUUUUUUAAACCCUCUUUCAAUACAAACGAACACUGAUGCUUUUAA